UGGUGAAAACGAAAACGAAACCAAAACACGCUACGCCGGUUUGAAUUUGAACGAUUGGUGUUAAGUUAAAAAUUGUUUCAACUGCUUUAAAAAUGAGCCACCUGCAGCUGACAACAAAUACUGGAAUACCAGACAGUUCCUGGCAACCUCCCUUUUGCGUCAUGGAAACAACAAUGGGAGAAUUUGCCGUGGAACUUUACUGGAAGCACGCUCCAAGAACAUGCAGAAAUUUCGCAGAACUGUGUAGACGAGGCUACUUCAACAACACCAAAUUCCACAGAAUUAUCAGAGACUUCAUGAUUCAAGGUGGAGACCCAACUGCGACCGGUCGAGGAGGAAGCUCGAUUUACGGCAAAACCUUUGCUGACGAAUUCCACCCGGACUUGAAACACACUGGCGCUGGAAUUCUCUCCAUGGCAAACUCUGGCCCUGACACGAAUGGAUCUCAGUUUUUCAUCACCCUCGGUCCAACCCAGUGGCUGGACGGGAAGCACGCAAUUUUCGGACGCAUUUCUGGUGGCAUGAAUGUAAUCAAGCGGAUUGGAUUGGUCGAGACAGACAACUCGGACAAGCCGGUGGACGACGUGCAAAUCAAGAAGGCGUACCCAAAGAUGCAACUGUAGCCAGUGAAAUUGCUUUGCUUUGAAAUGAAAUAUGUGUCACGUCACAUUUUUAUUCCAUGUACUGAGGUAACAAUAAUAAUGAUUUUUCUUGUAAAAA